AGCAGCCUGCAUUAGGUAGCACGCCACACUUGUGGCACUGUCCGCCUUGCGGAAAGAGGUUUCCAACCAAGUUCCAGUACCCAACCAGCAGCUUCGGGCAGCAGAAGAUUCCGCUCUGCGUAACACUCGACUUCGCCAUGUCGACUCGGGUCAGCCCGACACCAUAUUGGAGAUUCCACUCCAUCAACUCAGCCACCCAAUCCAUGGGUAGAAACUUGGGGUUUGCCAUCACCUGGCACUCAACCCUCUUGAGUAUCUCCGACAGCCGUCCCAAGCCGGCAUCAAACAAGCCUCCGCUUCGCUCCGCCACCCAGUGAGCCACGUCCGGGCUCAGCACAGGAGCAAGCCAGCUGACUGGUGUCCCACCGUACUUGCCAUACAUGGACAAAGAAUCUACCCAGAUUCCACCGUUGCGAAUACACCCUUCCUCUCGGAGAGGUGUUGAAGGAGGGCUCACGCCGCGCAGUAGCACCAUCGCUCCGUCUCUGUUCGAGUCACCCAG